ACUCAAUUGAGAUACCAUUACUCCAGUCAGGUAGGUUCAUCUACUUAAGAUGAGUUCAUAACUUACUUCAAAUGAUCUGUAAUAAUCAUGCCGAGUCAAAAAGAGUCACCUAAGCUCGAGGUAGCGAUCGCUGGUGGUGGAAUCGCAGGUCUCAUCACAGCGAUCGCACUCCUCAAACACCCCAACAUCAACGUACAAGUCUACGAGCGAGCACCUGAGUUUAAAGAAAUCGGCGCAAGUAUAGCUCUAGGCCCCAAUGGUCUCAGAACCCUUGAUCGGCUUGGUGUCCAAAAUGCACUGGCCGAAGGCUUUGCGCAACGCCAAAAGUCUGGAUAUCCCAUGAUAUACCGACAUUGGAAGACCGGAGAAGUCAUCGAUCAUGAUGUUCACAGUACAGUACAGAGCAGGAAAUAUGCGACUGCACGGUUUCAUCGUGCCCACCUUCAUCAGGCCCUGUUAGAGAAUUUACCAGAGGGCAUUGUUCGUUUAGGGAAGACGACUGUUGAUGUUAGGGCGGAUCCUGAUGAGGGAGCUACGCUUUACUUUGAGGAUGGGACGACGGCAACGGCUGAUAUUGUCAUUGGGGCCGAUGGCUUACGAUCUGUAUGUUCCAAAGACUUCUCGGGAUAACAGAUUGUUGACAUCUUGGCAGAAAGUCCGCAAGACGUUCGUACCAGAGCAUGAACUGCACUGGACAGGUUGGGUCGCUUUCCGCGCUGUCUUUGAUGCCGAUAGAUUGAAGAAUGUUGAGUAUCCUGAGGACGCAGCUCACUGGGCUGGCCAUGAGACGACCUUCUUCCAUUCACAUCUAGGCAAAGGCCUAUUCACAAUAGUCGGCGGUUACCACGCCGAUCCCAAAGAUCCCAAGUCACCAGGUAAAGACGCAAAGUGGGAUGAAGAUGGCAGUGUCGAAGAGUUCCAGAGGUUAUACCAACAUUGGAACCCAACAAUCCGGGCAUUCAUAGGCGCAACACCCUACUUAAAACUCUUCCCCAACUACGCAGGCACAGCUCUCGAUACAUGGUCCUUCUCCAACCGUGUAGCUCUCGUUGGCGACGCAGCUCACACCCACGGCGGGGCCUUCGCAGCAGGGGGAUCACUGGCUAUCGACGACGCAUAUGCCUUGUACCGCGCACUCGAUCACGUUUGGCCUCCUUCUUCAACACAAACAGGAAAGCCGACCAAGGCUCAGAUUGCGCAGGUAUUCGAGCUAUAUGAAGCCACUCGCAAACCACAUCUGGAUAAGCUCUUGGGUAUCGUCCAUAAGAACAUUUCAGGACAGAGUUCGAAUACCGAGAGAGCGACGACGGAAACUGACGAGGAGUUAAGACAGAGGGUGAAGGGGAGGAUGAAUCCUUCUUGGAUUAGUGAGCAUGAUGUUGUUGCUGCGUUUGAGCGGGCUGUUGGGAGGAUAGACAUUUAAACCACGCUGUGUGUCAUUAGGAGACUUUAACUGGCAUCUGGGGUUGAACGUUUAUUCAGUGUCCAGCAGUGAAACCUUAAGAUAGUCG